UUGAUUGAACCCUAUGUGUGCAUUAUCAUUUAUCUAUCUAUUAUCUAUCUAUCUAUCUAUCUUUCUAUCUAUCUAGGUUAUAUAUAUCUCAUCUCUUCUUUAUCUAUCUAUCUAUCUAUCUAUCUAUCUAUCUAUCUAUCUAUCUAUCUCAGUCUCUUAUCUAUCUAUCUAUCUAUGUCUCUUUUCUUAUCUAUCUAUCUAUCUAUCUAUCUAUAUAUAUAUAUAUAUAUAUAUAUUCAUAUCUCAGUCUGUUCAUAUCUAUCUAUAUAUCUAUCUAUCUAUCUAUCUAUCUAUCUAUCUAUCUAUCUAUCUAUCUAUAUAUCUAUCUAUCUAUCUAUCUAUCUAGACCUUUCCAUGCCCCCCCCCCUAAAAUAUUUUUAUGGCAAUUAUUCUAACGAGGAAGAAACAAGUUCCAUUUCUUUUUAUUCGUCAACACUUUGCCCGGCUUCUUCUUCUUCUUUCCCCCCUCUUCCACCAACUUCUUCUUUUUCUUCUUCUUCACUUACUCUUUCCCUUCCUUCUUUUCCUCUUCCUCCACAAAUUUCUUCUUUUUAUUCUCCAACACCACAUUCUUCUUCUUCUUCUUCUUCUUCUUCUUCUUCUUCUUCUUCUUCUUCUUCUUCUUCUUUUCCUCCCUCGCCACCUUUUUCUUCUUUUCUUCCUCCUCCACCAGCUUUUCUUUUUUCUUCUUCAUCAUCUACUCCUUCUCUUGCUUUCCUCUUCCUCCACAAAUUUCUUCUUUUUAUUCUCCAACACCACCCUCUUCUUCUUCUUCUUUUCCUCCUCCAGCACCUUUUUCUUCUUCUUUUCUUCCUCCUCAACCAACUUUUCUUUUUCUUCUUCAUUACAUACUUCUUCCCCUCCUUUCCUCUUCCUCCACAAAAUUUCUUCUUUUUAUUCUCCAACACCACCUUCUUCUUCUUCUUUUCCUUCUCCGCCACCUUUUUUUUCUUCUUUUCUUCCUCUUCCACCAACUUCUUCUUUUUCUUCUUCAUCAUCUUGCCUUCUUUUCCUCUUUCUCCACAAAUUUCUUCUUUUUAUUCUCCAGAACAACCACCACCAGCAGCACCUUCUUUCUUCUUCUUCUUCUUCUUCUUCUUCUUCUUCUUUCGUCCAUCCCUGUUUCUUUUCGUACUCCACCACUUUCUACUUCUUUUCACCCACUAUGAACAUUUCUUUCUUCCUUUCUCCACCAUGCUACUUCUUCCUUCCCUUCUUUUUCUCUUCCUCCAUAAUUUUCUCCUCUUUAUUCUCCAUCACUUUGUCCUUCUUCUUUUCCUUCUCCAUCACCCUUUUCUUCUUUUUUCUUCCUCCUCUACUAACUUCUUUUUUCUCUACCUCUCCUACACCUUCUCCUCCUUCUUUUUAUUCUCCUCCGCCUUUUUUUCUUCUUCUUCUUCUUCUUCUUCUUCUUCUUCUUCUUCUUCACCACCACCACCUUUUUCUUCUUUUUUUCCUCCUCCGCAAACUUCUUCUUUUUCUUCUUCGUCACCUUGCCUUCUUUUCCUCUUCCUCCACAAAUUUCUUCUUUUUAUUCUCAAGAACUUUCUUCUUCUUCUUCUUCUUCUUCUUCUUCUUCUUCUUCUUCUUCUUCUUCUUCUUCACCACCACCACCACCUUUUUCUUCUUUUUUUCCUCCGCCGCCAACUUCUUCAUUUUUUUCUUCAUAACCUUGCUUUCUUUUCCUCUUCCUCCACAAAUUUCUUCUUUUUAUCCCCCAAAACCUUCUUCUUCUUCUUCUUCUUCUUCUUCUUCUUCUUCGCCUCCACCUUUUUCUUUUCGUCCUCCAGCACUUUCUACUUCUCCCCCCUCCAUGAAUAUUUCUUUCUUCUUUUCUCCCCACUCCUCAACAUUCUUCACCUCCUCUUUCUUUUCUACUCCGCUACCUUCAAUUUAUCCUCUACCAGCUUUCCCCCUCCUUCUUUACCUCCCCCUCUUCCCUUACAUUAUUCUUUUACUUUUCCACCACCACCACCUUCUACUCCUCUAUUUACUCCUCCUCCAAUAUCUUCUACUAUUCUUCCUCCGCCAUCUUGUUCUCGCUCAGUUGCUAUGUAA